UGCUGCUCCCGCGCAGUCUUACCAGUUACCACCGUCCGCCGCUGCCCAGCGCACCUCUGUAGCGGCACGUCGCCGGCCAUCUCACACCGCCGACGGCCUAAUAGAUAUUACACUGUAGGCCUCUCUCUCUCUUUCUCGCUUCUAUUUUGCCCUCUGUCGAAACUCAAGGGAAUGGUUAGUGUAAAUGGGUUUCUUCUUCCAUUUUUAGUUCUUAUCUGCCGCCAGCCAUCAACCAAGGCCACGGUCUGUCAUUCGGUAUUCUAGAUUUUGGAUGCUUACUGUUACAAGAUUUAAACGAUUGUAUUUGCUGCUGGACCUCUGUUAUCUGUCGUGGCAUCCUUCUUCAAUCUAUUCAUUCAGUUGUUAUGUGACAAUCAUCAGCAGAAACUGUACAGUGGAUUCAUGGAGUACACUAAAAUGUGCUGCUUCAUUCAACCUCUAAUGAAACGAAUCGCAUUGACCAGUCAUCUGUUACACGCCCCAAAUUCACUAGUUUCCCUCCCUUUCAUAACUAGCUCUCAGAGCUCUAAUUUGGCUUGUCCAGCGUCCUCCUCAGACUUGGACAUUUGUGAUGAUGGGGAGGGCCCAACUGCUUCAGGAAUCAUCAUCCAGGAUAAGGAUUUGCUAAGAAAAAGCAAGGGAUCACGUCAUGGGCUGUACCUUCUGGACCUCAUGGAUGAGGAGAAGAUCCGGCCUGAUGUGCAGACAUACUCCAGGAUGUUGAAGAAGUGCACCAAGAUGGAGAGAUUGACCGAAGGCAGAAUACUUCAUGCCCACAUUAUGAAAUCUAAGUUUAAGAAUGAUCUUUUCUUCAAAAACAGCAUCAUCAAUAUGUAUGCAAAAUGUGGUAGUCUAGAAGAGGCACACCAAGCAUUCAACAAUAUGCCUCUGAGAGACGUGGUUAGCUGGACUGCUUUGAUCACAGGGUACUCACAGAAUGAUCGUUAUGAAGAAGCUGUCAUGUUGUUUGUGGAAAUGCUGAGGCAUCAAAUAGUGCCCAACCAAUUCACAAUUGCUAGUGUGCUGAGGGCUUGUGCCUCAGCUGCAAACGUGUGCAUGGGCAAACAAGUGCAUUCUUUUAGUUUUAGAAUUCAUUGUAACACUGACGUGUAUGUCGGUAGUGCUCUUGUCGAUAUGUAUGCAAGGUGUGGUGAUAUGAAUUGUGCCCAUGUGGUGUUUGAUGGAAUGCCUGAAAGGAAUGAGGUGUCUUGGAAUGCACUGAUUGCAGGGUAUGCAAGGAAAGGAGAAGGAGAAAAUGCACUUGAGCAGUUCUGGAAGAUGCAACAAGCAGGUGUUGAGGCAACCCAUUUUACCUAUUCUAGUGUUUUUAGUGCUUGUGCUAGCAUUGGUGCUUUGGAGCAGGGGAAAUGGGUCCAUGCACAUAUGAUAAAAACUGGCCAUAAGCUAAUUGCAUUCAUGGGCAAUACUCUCCUUGACAUGUAUGCAAAGUCUGGGAGCAUUGAAGAUGCUCGGAAAGUUUUUGAUAGGUUAUCCAACGCAGAGGUAGUUUCCUGGAAUUCUAUGCUUACUGGAUGUGCGCAGCAUGGACUGGGAAAAGAAGCAGUAAGAAGGUUUGAGGAUAUGCUCCAGUCUGGUGUUGUACCUAAUGAGGUCAGCUUCCUUUGCGUCCUUACUGCAUGUAGUCAUGCUGGGUUGCUGAGUGAAGGAAAACACUAUUUUGAGCUGAUGAAAAAGUAUGAAAUUGAACCUCUGAUAGAGCAUUAUGUUACUAUGAUAGAUCUUUAUGGUAGAGCAGGGCUUUUGGAUCAGGCAGAACAAUUCAUUAAAGAUAUGCCAAUCAAGCCAACUGCUGCUGUUUGGGGUGCUUUGCUUGGGGCAUGCAGAAUGCACGGCAAUAUAGAGCUGGGAAAAUAUGCUGCUGAGCGUGUAUUUGAACUUGAUCAUCUUGAUUCUGGCCCUCCUGUGAUCCUGUCAAAUAUCUAUGCAUCUGCUGGGAGAUAUAAAGAAGCUGCCCGUGUUAGAAAGAUGAUGAAGGAUGUUGGGGUGAAGAAAGAACCUGCAUACAGCUGGGUUGAGAUUGAAAGUUCUGUUGCACCCACAUGUCAAGGAGAGGGAGGCAAAGCUGCAAUGUCAUAGUGAGAACUGAGAAGCUUGCUCUUGUAAUUUGCUCUUCUAAAUGCAGUUCCUGGGGCAAUAAAUUAACAUCAAGAAGGACAUCAGCAGCGGAUCGGUAGGAGGUUUUUGGCCCCCAUCCUGGAAUGUAAAGAGUUCUUGUUUUACUUGUAAAAGAUUUUGGAAAUCAACCUCUGGCCUCUCUUGAAAUUUUUUGAAAACAAUUUGCCACCAAACAUCUUCCCACAUUCCUCCCCUUCUUCCCACAUGUAAAGGGUGCUUUGUCCUAUAAGGGCUCCCUUCCCUUUUGAAAUUUUGCUGGUUACACUCUGCAUUUUGUUCUGGAAUAUGUUCCUGUCUCAAGUGGGAACUGCACAUCAGGCUGGGCAUUGACAUUGUUGACAAUGAUGGUCGUCCUUACCACUCAGUUGGAACGCCAUCUCCAGUUCUUCUCAAGUCCUGGGCUUCAAAUACCAAAAUCCAGAAAUAUUCAAUUUUAUUUUAUUUUCUAUCUGAAUUUUGGGAUCUGCAGGUAUGACAGUUGGACCUUGUUUAUGUAGGUUGAGCUGAAGACUUGUGUUGUGGGAAGAAGGCGUCUGUAUUUGAUGUGGAGGGGCUACUGUUAGAGUCCCUUCAUCAACAGAAUUUUCAUCAGACGCCAGAUUUUGCUGAACCUUAGAAAGUCGGCAUGGACUCAAUCCUGUUGCCUGUUCAUGGUAGAUGUAGUUUAUAACCAGAAACAAGGUUUGAGUGAUGCAAAUGUUGUCAUGCAACAUUUGAUAAAAUUUAUUGGGUUGGCUUCAAGCAACAUUGGGCUUUGGCAUAGGCAGGCUGGCAGAUGUGUUCAUUUGUUACUGGCCGUAAUGUGAAAAUAAUGUUGUGACAUUAUUCAAGCAUUCUUCGUCUACAUUCGCCUUGUAGUAUUUGACUUGAGGCUUUUAUUGUAUAUGACCAAGAUGGUUUACUAUUCUGGCGAGUUGUGUAUAUUUGUUAUGUUCAUGAAAUGAUGAAGAAAUCUUUUCUUA